AUGGCGGCGCCCUUAUGUGUGGAGGUGGAGUUCGGAGGUGGUGCAGAGCUCCUGUUUGAUGGAGUAAAAAAACAUCAAGUCACCUUGCCUGGGCAAGACGGACCCUGGGACAUCCGGAACCUCCUUGUCUGGAUCAAGAAGAAUCUGCUAAAAGAGCGGCCAGAGCUGUUCAUCCAGGGAGACAGUGUGCGGCCAGGAAUCCUGGUGCUGAUUAAUGAUGCCGACUGGGAACUGCUGGGGGAGCUGGAUUACCAGCUGCAGGACCAGGACAGCAUCCUCUUCAUCUCCACACUGCACGGCGGCUGAGGGCUCCUGUGUUAGCCCAGGCACCUUUGCAAGGGGAGCACAGGACAGCCACAGCUCUCCUGGGCUCUGCUUCCAGGUCCCAGGUCCCCUUGCCUGCCUCCUUCCCUGCUGUACCCCUGAGCUUCCUCUAGGCAGGGAAAAGAGGCCAGGUGCUAAAAAUGAGCCUUUCUGGGCAAGGCACGUGAGCAGGGAGGGAGGGUAACCGCAUGAGCCCAACCUUCCUCCCAGCAGCUGAGGUGGGGGAGGGUGCUUCUGCGAUGUGUCAGGAGUGGAGGGGCUCAAUGCCCAGGUGACCCAGCUGCUGGCCACUUCUGUGUCUUGGUGUGUCUAAGCACUGAGUGACUGCCUGGAAGGCACUCCAGUUCCUCAGACGUCUUCAUGGGGAAGAUGGAUGGACUAGAGGAAUUGAUGACAAACCCCUCCAUCACCAGAGAUUAGAGGGGCCUCCGCCUCAGUUUCCCCAUCUGGACACAGAAGGCUCUGCUUGUCCCCCACUGGUAUUAUUAUGGAACCCCAGCUGGGGUCCCCUAUUCAGUACUCACCUCCCUCCCUUCUACCCAGCAGCUGCUCUCCUAGCCACACCCCUCCUCCUGUCCCCCACCCCAUCCCAGCCCUUGACCCUGGCUGGCCUCCCCCCCACAUAGGCCACCAGAUGGGCUCCUGAGAUACUCUCCAGGCUGCCUACAACUCAUUCUGUAGAGAAUGGAAGGAAGUAGCCCAACCUUAGACAGAGGGGGCGGGGCCUCAGCCUGUGCAACCUGAAACAAGCAGGGUUUGGGUGUGCAGCACCUAGUAGACAGAAGACUGUGCCCCCCUUUUCUCCAUCCCUUCUGGAAAUCUGGGACAUCAUGCCUGCUACAGCUGCCCUUGGGCAAAUAAAAAGACUAGGUUGUUUACUAGCCUUGCUUCAUCCUUAGAAACUGGUGGUAUCCCAUAUCCCUGGGACCCAUGGCUUCAGAGAUGGCCUUCACCUGAAAGGCUAAAACAUGAAGUGUUGCAGAGACAGAGGCCAGGUCAGUAGGGCCA